AUGGCCAUCUCAUCACGCCUCGCCCUGUGGGAGCAGAAGGAAAGUCAUAUUCGGGAAGAGGACAAGAGCCCUCCACCGUCCUCGCCCCCUCCCCUUUUCUCUGUCAUCCCAGGGGGCUUCAUUAGGCAACUGGUCCGGGAGACUGAGAAAGAGUCCAAGGAAGCGAGACGGAGGAAACAGGCAGUGCUUGCCUCUCCAGAACAAGAGACCCCAGAAAUUUCCACCAGCCAGCCCAACAGCAAGUCCAACAGUGACACCAAAUCUGGAAGCCCACAGAUUUCCCAGGACAACCAGUCAUGCUCUCCCCAGAGCUCAAACAUUCCGGGCAGGGAGCACGAAGGGGCUGAUGGCACUGACCCUGUGCUGAUGACCAGCAUCAAUGGCGAGAAGCCGCAGGAGCCAGGCCCUAGUGGGACAACAGCCAAAAAGACCCCGCACUUCAAGAGGGGUGUGAGGAGGGGUGAUGUGUUGUUGAUGGUGGCUAAGCUGGACCCGGACUCAGCCAAGCCGGAGCAGAGGACCCAUCCCCAUGACUCCCCAGCUGGCAAGACCUCACCCCAAGCCACAGACCCUGGAGGGGAAAAGAAGGGGGGAACCCCAGGGUCUCCUUGUGGUCCCAAGGUCAGCACUGAGGAUUUGGCCCUGAAGGCUGAGAAGAACCAGACUGUGGGUCUUGGGGAUGCAGGCCAAGGAUCUGUGCUACCAAGAAAAGGCGAGAAGGGUCAAGGCACAGAAAGGAAGGGGGGCAGUGCCCCCCAGAGCAAAGGUCCAAAAGGGGGAGAGCUUCAGGGCGAAGAUGGGCAGGGGACCAAGCCCCAAGCCCAAGGGUCAGGUGAGGGGGGACGACUGGGGACAGAGGAGAAGGAGGGAGGGGACUCCCCAAAUAAGAUGGAAAAGGGGAAUCUCUCCAAGGAUACAGGGGGUGAAGGAAAAUAUUUUGGGUCUCAAAUUCAGAUGAGAAAUUGGGGAGGUUCCCUGGGAAGAAGGAGCAAAUGGGCUGGUUCCCAGAAUAAGGAAGAUAAAGAAGGUGAGCUCAUGAGCAAGGCAGGGAAGCCAGGUGAGCCUCAGACCAAGGCGGAGAAGGUGGGCAAAAUGCAGGGGAAGGUGGGAGAUGCUCUGAGAAAGAUGGAGAAAGCAGGAAAGCCACAGAGCGUGACUGGGAAGGCAGGUGACCUCCAGGAUAAGACAGAAAAGGUGGGGCACCCUCAGAGUAGGACUGGCGAGGCAGGGGAAGCUCAGGGUCAGGCAGAGAAGGGCUGGAAAUCCCCAAAGGAGGUGGCUACAAGGGCAGAGUCACCAGCAGCAGCUGGGAAGGGGGGCCAGCCGGAAAACGGAGGACAGAAAGCAGAGGUGCCCUGUGCAGGAGCGGAGCUGGGAGGACCCAGGCAGCCUGAUCUGGAGAACGAUGCAGAAAAGCUUCAGAUCCAGAAGGAGAACCAGCAGGGGCCAGUUCCACAGGAGGUGGGCAAAGGAGGCCAGAGCAGAGACUCAGACCAGGCUCCUGAGGACAGAUGGUAUGAGGCAGAGAAAGUCUGGCUGGUUCAGAAGGAUGGAUUUACUCUUGCUACGGUGCUAAAGCCAGAUGAGGGAACAGCCGACCUCCCGGCAGGAAGGGUGCGACUUUGCAUUGAUGCUGACAAAACUAUCACCGAGGUGGAUGAGGAAAAUGUUCACCGGGCCAACCCUCCCGAGCUGGACCAUGCCGAGGACCUGGCCUCUCUCGUCAGUGUCAAUGAAUCCAGCGUCCUGAACACACUUCUGCAGCGCUACCGGGCUCAGCUGCCGCACACCUUCACGGGGCCCGAUCUGAUCGUCCUCCAGCCCCAGGGACUCUCGGUGCUCUCUGCAGGGAAGGUGCCCCGGGGCCGCCGGGAUGGCCUGCCUCCCCACAUUGGCUCUCUGGCCCAGCGGGCAUACUGGGCACUCCUGAGCCAGCGGAGAGACCAGAGCAUCGUGGCCCUGGGCCGGAGUGGCUCUGGGAAGACCACCUGCUGCGAGCAGGUCCUGGAGCACCUGGUCGGGAUGGCAGGCAGUGUGGAUGGCAGGGUCUCAGUGGAGAAGAUCAGAGCCACCUUUGCUAUCCUCCGGGCCUUCGGUUCUGUGUCCACGGGCCACAGCCGCUGUGCCACCCGGUUUGCCAUGGUGAUGUCACUGGACUUCAACGCCACAGGCCGAGUCACGGCUGCUCAGCUCCAGACAAUGCUUUUGGAGAAGAGCCGUGUGGCACGGCAGCCAGAAGGGGAAGGCAACUUCGAGGUUUUCUCCCAGAUGCUAGCUGGGUUGGAUCUGGAUCUCAGGACAGAGCUGUACCUGCACCAGAUGGCAGACAGCAACUCUUUUGGCAUGGGCGUGUGGUCCAAGCCUGAAGACAAGCAAAAGGCGGCGGCUGCCUUUGCCCAGCUCCAGGGUGCCAUGGAGACACUGGGCAUCUCAGAGAGCGAGCAGCAGGCCAUUUGGCGGGUGUUGGCAGCCAUCUACCACCUGGGCGCGGCAGGGGCCUGCAAAGUGGGCCGGAAGCAGUUCAUGCGAUUUGAGUGGGCAAACCACGCAGCUGAAGCCCUGGGCUGCGAGUACGAGGAGCUGAACACCGCCACCUUCAAGCACCAUCUGCGGCAGAUCAUUGAGCAAGUGACGUCCAGGCCCAGUCGACGGGGCUUUGAGGGCGAGGAGACCAGCUCAGGACUCAAGAUGACGGGUGUGGAGUGUGUGGAGGGAAUGGCUUCGGGCCUGUACCAAGAGCUCUUUGCGGCCGUGGUCUCCCUUAUCAACAGAUCCUUCUCCUCCCACCAUCUCUCCAUGGCUUCCAUCAUGGUGGUGGAUUCUCCAGGCUUUCAGAACCCCCGGCACCAGGGCAAGGACCGGGCGGCCACCUUCGAGGAGCUGUGCCACAAUUACACCCACGAGCGCCUGCAGCUGCUUUUCUACCAGCGGACCUUUGUCUCCACGCUGGAGCGAUACCGAGAGGAAGGUGUUCCUGUGCACUUUGACCUCCCGGAGCCCUCCCCAGGGACCACUGUGGCUGUUGUGGAUCAGAAUCCCUCCCAGCAGGUUCGCUUAUCAGCUGGAGGGGGAGCCGAAGAUCCCAGGGGCCUUUUCUGGGUCUUGGAUGAGGAAGUCCGGAUAGAGGGCUCCAGUGAAAGCAAGGUGCUUGAGCGUCUGUCUGCAGCCUUUGAGAAGAAAGGAGCUGGGGCUGAAGAGACCUCUGCCCUGCGGACCUGUGAGCAGCCCCUCCAGUGCGAGAUUUCCCACCAGCUGGGACGGGAUCCCAUACGCUACGACCUCACGGGCUGGCUGCACAGAGCCAAGCCCAACCUCUCGGCCCUGGAUGCUCCCCAGGUUCUGCAGCAGUCAAGCAGGGAGGAGCUGCGGAGCCUUUUCCAGGCCCGGGCCAAGCUGCCGCCCGUGUGCUGGGCCAUGGCAGGCCUAGAGGGCACCUCCCAGCAGGCCCUGCAGAGGAGCCGCGUGGUGAAGAGGACGUUUGCCAGUAGCCUGGCUGUGGUGAAGAGGAAAGCCCCAUGCUCCCAGAUCAAGCUGCAGAUGGAUGCACUGACCAGCGUGAUCAGAAAGUCUCGGCUGCACUUUAUCCACUGUCUGGUGCCAAACCCAGUGGUGGAGAGCAGGGGACUACAGGGGUCUUCAGUGCCACUGCAGCCUGGUGAAGACAAACCUGGGGCAGGUGAGCCUCGAGCCCUGGACAUCCCAGCACUGAGGGUUCAGCUCGCAGGGUCCCACAUCCUGGAGGCUCUGCGACUACACAGGACAGGCUAUGCUGACCACAUGGGGCUCACUCAUUUCCGCCGGCGAUUCCAGGUGCUGGACCCUCCACUCCUGAAGAAGCUCAUGGCAGCCUCUGAGGAAAUAGAUGAGAGGAAGGCUGUGGAGGAGCUCCUGCAGACCCUGGAUCUGGAGAAGAAGGUGGUGGCCAUGGGGCACAGCCAGGUUUUCCUCAAGGCGGGUGUGGUCUCCAGGCUUGAGAAGCAACGAGAGAAGCUGGUGUCUCAGAGUAUUGUUCUCUUCCAGGCCGUUUGCAAGGGCUUUCUGUCUCGCCAGGAAUUCAAGAAGCUGAAGAUUCGCCGACUGGCCGCACAGUGCAUCCAGAAGAACGUGGCUGUGUUCCUGGUGGUCAGAGACUGGCCAUGGUGGCAGCUGCUUGGCUCCCUUCGGCCCAUGCUGAGUGCCACCAUCGGGAAUGAGCAGCUUCGAGCCAAGGAGGAGGAGCUUUCAAUGCUGAGACAGAAGCUAGAGAAAUCAGAGAAGUCACGGAAUGAGCUCCGGCAGAACGCAGACCUACUAGAGAGCAAGGUUGCUGACUUGGCCACAGAGCUUGCUGAUGAGCGCUUCAAAGGUGACGUGGCCUUCCAGGUGCUGGAGAAUGAGCAGGCAGAGCGGCUGCAGGCCUUCCGUGAGGUACAGGAGCUCAAGAGAAAGUAUGAGCAAGUCCAGAAGAAUUUGAAAGAAGUGGAGAAACAGCUGGAAGAAGCCCAGCAGAAAAUUCAGUUAAAUGACUUGGAAAAAAAUCACACUGGAGGAGCAGACGAGUGGCAGAUGCGCCUUGACUGCGCUCAGAUGGAGAACGAGUUUCUCAGAAAGCGUCUACAGCAAUGCGAGGAGAGGCUGGACACAGAGCUGACGUCCAGAAAAGAGCUGGAGCAGAAG